AUGGCUUUUAAGGUUAUAGUUCUUUUCGCUGCCGCUCUUGCCGUCGCAAGCGCUGGUGUGCUCGAAGCUCCUGCUCCAGUAGCUUAUGCUGCUCACACAUACGCUGCUCCAGCUGUACACUCUUACGCAGCUCCAGCUGUAGUAGCACACUCAGCUCCAGUUGUACAAACUUAUGCUGCUCCAGCAGUCCACACCUAUGCUGCUCCAGCUGUACACACUUAUGCUGCUCCAGCAGUCCACACUUAUGCUGCUCCAGCUUUGAAAACCCUAGCCGUACCUGCUGUCUCUAAAUCAGUCUCAAGCAGCUACACAGUUCACUCAGGAUCAGCAGUACAUGCUUACGCUGCUGCUCCAGCUGUUGUCGCUCAUUCUGCUCCAGCUGUAGUUGCACACUCUGCUCCAGUAGUACAAUCUUAUGCUGCUCCAGUAGUACAAUCCUAUGCUGCUCCAGUAGUGCAAUCUUAUGCUGCUCCAGCUGUCCACACCUAUGCCGCUCCUGCUUUGAAAACUGUAGCUUCUUAUGCUCCAGCUCAUGUGAGCUAUGCUGCUCCAGCAGUCGCCAAGACUGUCUACGCUUCUGCUCCAUCUGUUUCAAGCAGCUACUCUUCGACUGUGCACUCCACUCCAGUUGUACACAAAUAUGCUGCUCCAGCAGUCGUAGCACACUCUGCUCCAGCAGUACACAAAUAUGCUGCUCCAGCUGUUGUUGCUCACUCUGCUCCAGUAGUACAAACUUAUGCUGCUCCAGCUGUCCACACAUACGCUGCUCCAGCUUUGAAAACUUUCGCUGCUCCAGCUUUAAAGACUUUUGCUGCUCCAGCUGUUUAUUCUUCUGCUCCAGCUGUUUAUUCUUCUGCUCCAGUAGUCAGCGCCUAUGCUCCAGCUCAUGUACAAACUUAUGCUGCUCCAGCAGUCAAAACAGUUGCUUACGGACCUGCUCCAGCUUGGUAA